AUGGUUCCUUCGGGGACGAUUGAACCUGAGUCAACGGAGAUGUUUUCCGGUCAACCCAGUCAGCCGUACGGUCAGAAGUACGGUGAACCCAGUCAGACGUACGGUCAGCAGUACGGCCAACCCAGUCAGCCGCACGGUCAGCAGUACGGCCAACCCAGUCAGCCGUACGGUCAGCAGCCCGGUCAAUCUGGUCAACAGUACCGUCAGCCAUACAGCCAGCCGUACGCUCAGCCGUUCCACCCUUCCAGCGAGGAGGAGGAACUGCCACUCCUUGCAGGCGGAGGGCGAGGCACAGGAGCAGGAGCGACCCCACAUGAAACGUCCGCAACCAUAAGUUUGUUGCAUUCCCUUUUGUCUGCUGCUACCUCUCCCUUUCUUGCAACCUUUCCCAGCCCCACUGGAAUGCCUGAGGACGUAUUUCACACGCAUAAGCUAGAGAGGAGCCCAGAAUUCGGGACGCGUGGGCCAGGGAUCAGCCCAGAAAUUAGGACGCAUGAGCCCGGGCGUGCAUAUGGGGCGUCAGCUGAGGGGGAGGCUGGGCCGGGGUGGGCGCAAGGACACGGCGUGAGGGGCAUUGGGGAGGGAGGGGCGGGUGUGGGCGGGACUGGGCGGGCGGGCAGUGGCGUGGGGGCAGUGGAACGGGCACUGGCGCAGAUAGAAGGGGAAAGUGCGCCUGAAGGGGCAGGUGGGCGGGGGAUAGGCGGAAUGGAAGGUCGUGGAACGGAGGGGCGUGGGAUUAAGGACGUUGGGACGGAGGAGCGUGGGAUGGGUGGCAGUGGGUUGGGAGGAAUUGAAAUGGGUCAGACCGUGGGAGUUGGGCCGUUUGGGCAUGGGAGGGAGAGGGCGAGAGAGGUGGCAGAGGAAGGGGAGGGUGUGCUAAAGGGUGGUUAUGGGCAGGUGAAGGUAGGUGCGGGGAAGGCUGUGGAGGGGGCUGAAGGAAUGGUGACUAAAACGGGCGAGCAGGGCAUGAGGAUGGGCCAGGGUGUGAUUGAAACGGGUGAGAGUAUGGCGAAGAUGGGCCUGAGUGCUGCUGAGCGCGCGGCAGAGACAGGCAUGGGUGUGGCGAAGGGGGUUGCGGGUACAGGGUUUAGGGUUGCUGAAAGCGCGUUCGAAACUGGGAAGGGUUUCGGGGAGAAGGCUUUGGAAACGGGGAAGGAAGUGGGGGGGAGAGUGGCGGAGACGGCUGGAAGGUGGGUUCCUGGAGUGCCGUUUGGGGAGCAGGGGGAGGAGAGGACAGGAGAGGCGUUUGAAAGGGGGAGGGAGACUGUGAGGAGCGUGGGAGAGAGAGUGGAGGAGGGGGUGAAGGGGGUGGUUGGGAGCGGUGUUAGGACCGCUGAGUCUGCUGGGCGGUGGGUGACUGGGGUGGGAAGACCGGGCGUGAGUGAAGACGAGGGGAGAGGCGGGGUGAGUGGAGGGAAAGGUGGUGUGAGUGAGAUGGGUGGGGCUGGUGGGGAGGGGCGGGAGGAGGGGGCAUAUGAGAGGGGCAAAGAGGCUGUGAGGGGAGGGCUGGGGAGUGUGGAGGGGCAGGUGAGGGGGAUGGUUGGCUUGGGCUCUCGUGGUGGUUCUGGUGGUGUCAGCACUGGUGGUGAGGCUGCUGGUGGGAAGAGUGGUGGUGGGAGUGUUGGUGGCUUUGGUGCACAGGAGGGGGCGGAGAUUACGAGGCAGCAAGCUGGGGAGGUGGCCGGUCAAGCAGGGGAGAUGGCUGGACAAACAGGGGAGAUGGCUGGACAAACAGGGGAGAUGGCUGGACAAACAGGGGAGAUGGCUGGACAAACAGGGCAGAUGGCUGGCCAUGUGCCUGAGAAAGGAAAGGAGCUGGGGGAAAAGGCGAUGGAGGUGGUGCAGGAAGCAGGGCAGGUGGGGAUGCAGCAGGCUAAGGAGGCUGGUUCAGUUGCUAGUCAGGUGAUUCGUCAGGCGUAUCGCAAGUGGAUGGGUGCUGUGGAGGAGGAGGGCGAGGAGGAGGAGGAGGAGGGAGAGGAGGGGAAGGGAGUGGGAAUGGGAGGUGUGGGGACGGUAGGAGAGGGAGGAGGGGCUGCUAUGGAGGGAGUGACAGGAACGCUUGCAGCCGGAUACCGCCAGGCCAAGCAGGCAGCCCAAGCAGGGCUGGAGACAGGGCAGCAGCUGGCUGGUGGAGCAGUGGAGCGAGCAAAGCACGUCGAAGCUCCUGUACUCCCCGGCCUUGAGUCAUCUACAACUUACGAGCAACGUCCGGGAGUGCAAUUUCGUUCAGCCGCUGCUGGUGUUGGCCCUGGUGGUGCUGGUGGCACUGGUGUUGAGGGUGAGGGAGGUGUGGCGCUGCGAGGAGGCACGGCGUAUGAGGCGGGAAAGGAGUAUGUGAAACGAACGCUUGGAGGGAUUGCGGGAGGAACAGGGGGGGAGACGGGAGCAGAAGCAGGAGAAAUGACCGGCACUGGCAUUCAGGGUCAGGGACUUUCGGAAGGAGGAGUGGUGGGCAGCUUGCAGCAAGGGUACCGCCAGGCGAGGGAUGUAGCACAAGCGGGGUUGCAGUCAGGGCAGCAGCUGGCAGGUGGCGCGGUGCAGCAAGCGAAGCACCUCGUUGCUCCGGUACCGCCAGGCGAGGGAGGCAGCACAAGCGGGGCUGCAGUCAGGGCAGCAGCUGGCUGGCAGAUGGGGCGGUGCAGACAGGCGAAGCACCUCGUUGCUCCUCGAAGCAGCAGUGGUUUCAGCGCCUUUAUUCCCCUCCUCUUCCCUGUCCACACCAGAUACCGCCAGGCGAGGGACGUGGCGCAAGCGGGGCUGCAGUCAGGGCAGCAACUGGCAGGAGGGGCGGUGCAGCAGGCGAAGUACCUCGUUGCUCCCAUCCUCCCUGGUGGGGCCAGUGGAAUGGGUGGAGAGAAGGGUGUGACUGGUGUGAUGGGGCGAGGAAUGGGUGAGGAGCGGGAGGCGUCUGCAUAUGAAGCAGGGAAGGAGCGAGUGAGAGGCGCUCUUGAAGGGAUUGCAGGAGGGACGAAGCGUGGAACAGGAGUAGGAGCAGGCACACCUACAGGAGUUGAAACGGGAGUUGAAACUCGGUCCGCUGGUGCUGGGGCGAUCCCGGGGGCAGGGCUCGUGACAGGUGUUGCUGACGUGGCACGGCGGGCUGUGGGGACCACAGCGGACACAGCGAGAGGCGUGGCAGGAACAAUAGGAGAUACGGCAAGCAGGACGGUGGGAACGACAACGGAAACAGCGAGAGGUGUGGUUGGGAAGAUGGUGGGGAUGGGGGAGGAGGUGGCUGGGAGGGGGUAUGGAGCGGUUGAGGGGACGGUUGGAGGGGUGGUGCAGGGUGUGAGGCGGAUGACUGGGCUGGGUGGGAAGGGAGGAGAGCUGGAGGGGGAGAUGGGGAGGGAGGGAGUGGGCAUGGGAGAGGGUGGGAUGGAGGGGAUAGGUAAGGGAGAGGGCGGGAGGGAGGGUGUUAUGGGUACCGUGAAGGGCGUUGGGGAGCAAGUGAAACACUUGGUGUUGGGAGGGGAGGGAGGUGGGAUAAUGGAGGGAGGGGGAUCUUCUGAAGAGAGGAAGAGGAUGGAGCAGAUGGAGCGAGAGAGGGAGGAGGAGAGUGCGAGGGAGAGGGGUAGGAAGCAGGCUUAUGCGGUUCUGCACGGUGCAGAGGAGUGGGUGGAGGGGACAGUGAGUCGUGUGGCUGGGGUGCUGACUGGGGGACUGCUUGGAGGGAAGGGGCAUGGGGAGAGGGCAGGGGUCGGUGCGGUUGGUGGGGAGGAGAUGGGGCGGAGGGAAGGCGGGGAGGGAAUGGGGACGAAGAUGCAGGGCUUGGUGCAGGGCGGAGGUAUGGGGGGAGAGAUGGGGGAAGGAGUGGGGGGAAGGGGAAGGGGAGUUACUGGGGGAGAGGUGGGGGUCGAGGAGGAAGUUUCUGGGAAGCCUGUGGAGACGAGCAAGGGAAUUCUGGGCAGUGCAGUAGGGGCGGUGCAGAGUGUGGUGGGGGGUACUGCUGACGUGGCUAAGCAUGCUGCUGAGUCAGCUUUUGGAGCGACCAAAGCUGUGGGGGGAGCAGUGGUGGGGGCAGGGGGGAGUGCGCUGGGAAUGGGGCAGAGGGGGGUGCAGCAGGGGGUUGAAGGGGUGGGGAGUGGUCUUGAGUAUGGGAGAGAGAGCCUGGAGAAGGGGUACGAGGGAGCAAAGCACCUAGUGGGGCUGGGAGGAACACAGGGUGAGGAGAGGGUGGGACGAGCUGGGGAGACAAUGGGCAAGAGGAUGGGUGAGGGGAUGAGUGAGGGAAUGGGCGGAGGAAUGGGGGAGGCAAUCGGAGGGAGGGGAAGGGAGAUGUUGGAGGAGGAGAGUUCUGUGGAGAAGGGCAGGCAUGCGGUGCUAUCGGUGCUGGAAGGAGCAGAGAGGAGGACGCUGGGUGCAGUGAGCACUGUCACUGGAGGGCUUAUUGGUGGGGGAGGGGCAGGGGAGGGAGAGGCAGCAGCAGUGAUGGCUGGGCCAGGGGGGAAGGUUGCAGCAGUGGGGCGACCUGAAGCAGUGGAGGAGGCAGCACGGCCGGUCAUGGAGCCAGGCGCGUGA